GUAUUGUCAUCUUCAACCCCACAAUCCUAUUUAUAAUAAAUUUCUACUUUUUCUUUCUCUCUCCAUCUCUACUGUAACUGAUAGCAUAAACACAGCACUCUUUUUUAGACUUUCCAUACCCACAAAACACACACAUCCUCCCUCAAAAUUAACCACUACCCAUUAAUUAUUCCCCCAAAAUAACACUACCCAUCUCCUUGUUUUUGCAUUAUUUAAGUUUUUUAAGGAGGAAAAAAAACUGAUAAGCUGCAAGAGAGCACAACAAUGGCUGAUGCAGCAGCCACAAAGCAGCAGCAGCACUUGUCUAUCAAUGGCGGAAGUUUAAUGUCCGAGUUGAAAAGCCAAUUUUCUUUUCUGAAAAAUAGAAGAACAGUGGCGGUUGCUUAUGGGUUUAUGUUUGCUUUUGUUGCUUUUACUGUUUUUUUAGCGUUUAAUCCGUCUCCGAACUCGUAUGCUCCUUGGUUUUCUAAUAUUUUUACAAUUACUUACUCUGAUUCUUAUAGAUCUCAAGACUCUUCUUUUUUCUCCCAUUUUUUGCCCAAUAAUACCGACAAAAUUACCAAUUCCUCAUCAUCUGCACAAAACAGUACCUCGAGAUCUAAUGAAGUGAAAAACCCAUCAGCUAAUGUUCAAAAUCAAACUCAAAUUCCAGCCGUUGAUUCUGUUAACCCUGCAGUUUUGCAUGCAAAUCAGUCUUCGACUUCAAUUGCCAAUAAUAGUAGUAUUAAAAUACCACCCACCAGUAAAAAUUCAAGUGAAGAUCAAGCUCUGAAGCUGAAUCAAACAACAAUUACAGCACCCACUAGUCCGGUGAUAGCGAAUCAGGCAGCGAACUCUUCGGUAAAUUCGCCUGUGCAGGCAGCGAAUUCGUCGGUAAAUUCGCCGGUGCAGACAGCGAAUUCGUCUGUAAAUUCGCCGGCGCAGACAGCAAAUUCUUCUGUAAAUUCGCCAGCGCAAAUGAAUAAGAGUGCGAAUGCGGAUGAAGGGGUUACGGUGAAGCAGAAGAAGGAGACGGGGAAGUUAAAUUACACGGGUGCUUCGCCGGUGAAGCAACCGAGUAAUGGAAUUGAUGAUUUGGUGAAGAAGAUGGUGAAUUGUGAUUUGUUUGAUGGAGAAUGGGUAAAGGAUGAUUCUUAUCCACUUUAUAAACCUGGGUCUUGUUCAUUUAUUGAUGAGCAGUUUAACUGUAUUCGGAAUGGUAGACCUGAUAAAAAUUACCAGAAAUAUAAGUGGAAGCCUAAGGGUUGCUCUGUGCCAAGGCUAAAUCCUGCACAUAUGUUGAAGAUGUUGAAAGGGAAACGCCUUGUUUUUGUGGGUGAUUCACUCAAUAGGAAUAUGUGGGAAUCUCUAGUUUGUAUGCUUAAAGGCGCGGCGAAAGAUCCGAGCAAGGUUUUUGAAGCCAAUGGAAGAGUUCAUUUUAGAGGGGAAUUUUCAUAUUCCUUCAUAUUUAAAGAUUAUGACUGCACUGUGGAAUUCUUUGUAUCUCCUUUCUUAGUUCAAGAAUGGGAAAUGCCUGAUAAAGAUGGAACUAAGAAAGAAACGCUACGGCUUGAUUUGGUCGGGAGGUCGUCCGAUCAAUAUAAAAAUGCAGAUAUUAUUGUCUUCAAUACUGGUCAUUGGUGGACUCAUGAGAAGACUGCUAAAGGGAAAGAUUAUUACCAAGAAGGAAGUCAUGUAUACAACGAUUUGAAUGUUUUGGAGGCGUUUCGAAAAGCAUUAACUACUUGGGCUAGAUGGGUUGAUGCCAAUAUUAAUCCUAUGAAGUCUCAAGUCUUUUUCAGAGGAUAUUCUGCUUCUCAUUUCAGCGGUGGGCAAUGGAAUUCUGGAGGGGCGUGUGAUAAUGAAGUUGAGCCAAUCAAGAACGCAACAUAUCUGCAGGAGUAUCCGUCGAAGAUGUUGGUGCUAGAGAAGGUUCUUAGAGGAAUGAAGAACCAUGUCACGUACCUAAAUGUUACGCAAAUGACGGAUUACCGAAAAGAUGGUCAUCCUUCGAUUUACAGGAAGCCGAAUGUAAAAUCACCACUACUAUACCAAGACUGCAGCCAUUGGUGUCUUCCUGGUGUGCCGGAUGCUUGGAAUGAAAUUCUUUACGCUGAGCUUUUAUUAAACGAGUAUCAAAAGCGACAAGUGCAGAAACGACAGAGGUAAAUACUAGUUUACAUAAAUUUUAGAUGCUGCAGAUGAAAUAUUAAUUAAGCUUCAAUCAGUGGUGAAUAGUGUAGAUUCUUUAUUUUUUCUGUUAUCUUAUCAAUUUUGAUUUAUAGAAAGUAAAAAAUUUGGGGGGAGGAUCCAAGAAAUAGUGUUCUCCUCAGCAACAAGAAAGAUUAAUACCUGUGUUAUAAUAAUAAUAAUGGAAUUUACUUGUUUAUUACUUGUUGAAGAAGAAAAAUAUCUCUUUGUUUUA